AUGUCGCGAAGCAUCCGCCAGCAGGCGCUGCAGAAGAUCGCAGCCCUGUCUGCCUCGAGCUCGGGCGCCUCCUUCGACAAGUCUGAUCUGGACCGACUGUGCCGAGCCUGUCCCAGCCAUGCGAAGGGAAGGGAUGCUGCAAACGGCCACGGGCCCAAGCAGUCGUCUCUGGGGCGGAUUCCCAUGACGAUUCGCGAGUUCGAGGUGUUGCUUGCCCUCUGCAAGGCCGCCCCUGGGAUCCAGACCAGCCACAGCGCCCAGAAGCUCUCGAGCCAGCUCAUACCCUACAUGAUGGACUCGCACGUCCAGCUCUUCGUGCCGUCGCCCUUCUUCCAGAAAGUCGAGCCAUGCCCAACCGAGGCCCUGACCUACCACGUCACGGCCGCCUUGCUCUCCCUCGGGAUCCGCCACGACGCCGUGCAGGAGAUCGUCUCGGAUAACAUUUGGGCCUUCCUGUCGAGCUGCGCGCAUGCCGUCAAUACGGUCCUGCCGAACCAGGAUGGAGGCGACGGAAACCUGGAAGAUGCCAUCCGCACUGCGACUAUCGCGGUGGCCUUUCUGGGUUUCAUGGAUGCCGCCGCGGCGCAAGCUGACUUCUGGAGGUCCGGAGGGCGGCUGGCACUCGUCCAGAGAGUCAGGAAGAUGGUCUCGGAUCCCUUUUUGGUCGCGGUUGAGACGGCACUGUCGACAAUCCGCAACUCGCACUCCUCGGACCGUUUGACUCGAGAAUGGAAGCGAUACUUGAGAAACUAUGCUGAGAUUGGUCGACCUCUUGGUGCCUUGUUGAUCCAGCGUAGCCUGUCGCAUCUGCUCGUGGCCACGACAUCCCUCCUGGUGGUAGAUGUGAGAUCGCUGGGAAAGAACCAUGUCUUGGAUCUACUCCUGUCGGGAGAAGGACUUCUGCGACCCAUGACAGCCCGCAGUGGCGAUGCAGACCUGAUGUCGGUCGAGGUUUACGCCGCCGGUGUAGUUGACCAAAUGAACUAUCUCGAAUCCAGUGCCGACUUCAUCCGCCUCGGCUCCGUCGGGCAGCAGAGGCUUGCCUUCGCUGUCAAGGGCGCAGCACUGAUCAGCUAUCUGAACUGCGCCAGACUCAACGAGGACGCUGCCGAUACCGACGCUCUCAUGGCCUGGCUAGAGGAAACCUUGACAGAUCCGGUUCAGAUGGCCGAUGCUGAUCUUGCCGCGGUUGUACUGAAGUCCAUGGCUUUGAUUUGCAAGUUCUCUCCCACGUAUGCCGCCAAUGUGAGUCGCUUGCUUCCCCGCUUCAUCGUGCAGGGUGGUGCUUCAAAGGAGACCGUGGACAUCGCUGCCAAGUGCCUCGCAUAUGUCCUCCGCAUGCUCUCGAACGAUGCAGUCAUUACCACACUCUACACUCUGGGCAACGUGCUCAGUCCUGAAAACGAAGGGAGCCUCACCGGCAGCGUAAACGGCGAUCAGGGUCCCGAUCCGGCUCGCCCCAUCUAUCAAGGCAGACAGUCAACGGGCAGUUCGAUCUCUCUCAGAAUCAGCGGGGAGGAGGAGACGGCAGUCAUCUACAACAAUGUCAUCGAUGCCAUAUGCGGCAUUGCGGCAACCUGCAGGGACGAGAAGAUCACAGCCUUGGCGCAGUCAAUGUUGCUUCAAAAAGUCGACAAGCUCGGCAGCUAUGCCGCCGCUAAGAUCAUCCAGGGUGCAGCCGUUUUGUCCUUGGCUGGCGGUUCCCUUGAGUUCCGCUCCCUCUUGAAGCUAUUCACCCGCGUCUGCCACACCGGCGUGGUCGAGGACAGGGAGAUCCUGCUCGAUGCCGUCAUGAAAGCUCGCAACUAUAUCUCCACAAACAUCAAGCGAGACUCGCCGCUCUAUGACAUUUACUGGGAACAUAUGCUUGACGACAUCAUCUCCAAGGGUGACACACAUCCCUCGCACCAUGCAAAGGACUCAGAGGUCGAGCUUGCUGCAAGGGAGAUUGCCCAGCUUCUUCAGCCUUUGGCAGUUCUCAUGUCAGCCAAGGACCUCGCUCUCGACGCUUCUGCCGAUGACGAAACUCACGCUAUGCUUCGAGAUGCCUGGUUCAACAUUGUUGUGCACGGUUUCACCAAUGGCACUGCUCACGGCAAGAAGUAUGUCAACGAGCUGCGCAUCAUUGCCAUCCACUCUCCACCCUUGGUUGCCGAGCAGCGAGGCGAACAAGUUGAAAGCGACAUUGAGCUCAACACUGUCUUGAGGCGGGGGAUGAGCUCUGACCGUGAGGCCAUGCAAAAGAAGAAUCUGUCCGAGCUGGUGCCCGCCAAGGCCUCCGAGAUCAGAGGUCUCAGCUACCGCAAAGUCAUCUUCCUCCACGCUGCCUACCUCGUGGAGAGUCUCCGCGCCGACGCUGGAGACUGCAGCAAGGCGCUUUCGUACUUCCUGGAGCCGAGCAUGCGUCGCGGAGAUGUGAGCAGCAUCAUGGAAGGAAUCGCUUCCUCCGUGGUUGAGCGAUACAUUAAGCGGACUCUCAGUGGGUCGAGCACCAACUUCACAGCUCAGUAUGCGGCUAGGCAGCUUGCUGCCAUCCUGUGCAGCUGCUGCCAUCGCAUUGAGCGCGUGCAGCAGGCGGCGUACAUCUGCGCGGAUCGGUUCAUCAAAGAGAUCCCAUCAACGCUUUGCCACCGCUCUUCUCUCUUCGCACUCCUCGAGCUUCUUUCCCUGAUGUGGACAAGUUGCUUGGAGGCCGAGACGGAAAUGUACGAACCGCGAAGCACUUUCAAGUCCGUCCGUGGAAAGGUCACUGUAGAGCUUUCUGAUGACUACGCGCUGCGCCGCUUUACGCUGGACCACCUCUACAAGAAGGCGAAGGUCUGGUUGACCAGUGUCAUUGCGCUGGCUCCGGCCGAUGUGAAGGGCUUACUGCAGACCUACCUUUCGGAAUGGGACGAUGACGGAGCGUAUGGGCACGUCUCCCUUGGCCGCUCCUUCGCACUCGAGAUCGGAUCCUGGAUUCCUUCGACCGAUCAGCGGCUCACAAACUUGGGCGGGCUCGGGGCAGGCAACAUCAAUACCGCUUCGGACUUCGUCGCUCAGUACACCACACGGCAGGAGUAUCGUUAUGCCGAGCCAUUGGGCGACCAAAGCCUGGAGCUUACCACUUUCAUGGGCCACAGCCGCAAGCUGUCGUUCAUUCCCGACACUGAUGCCGACAGCAGCGACGCGAUCACGGCACUGAAGUAUAUCGAGGCCCGUUUGCUUCUCAAAAAGGCCACUCCUAUUGGCGAUGUCCGUGACAUCCUGCGUCGUGGGGCGUCGCUGCUUUGCCGCAGUCAGGGGGAUGAGUGUGCCGUUGCGCAUUACAUGGUGACCAUUCCCUUUGCCAUGUUUACGAAGCAGUCUAUCAAGCUCGGAGUCUCCCUCUGGCUUGGCGUCAUGAAUGAGAAUCCUCGUAUGGAAUCGAGGAUCCUCAACGAAAUCGCCCAGCAGUGGGAAAUGAGCGUACAGAAGAGGCUGGGACUGUUCAGCACCAGUAUCACUCACCCUGACCCGUUCUUCCUUAAGGAGGAAUUUGCGCCCACUGAUGCCCCUGCUAUGGCGAAGCGCAAGCAGCUGGUUCACAACCUCCUGUCUCCCCAUACCAGGCUGCUCCAGUUCUUCAACAGUCAUUUCAACGCCACUCGCCUUGGUAGCCAGGACACACAGAAGGUCUUCUUGCGUCUUCUUGAUAUCACAUUGGAGGCACUCAAGAACUCCACUGCGCACCCCAUGGCGAGAGAAAUCCGGUUCCAGAUCGUGCUCUUUGGUCUCCGGGUUCUGCGCACCAGCAACACCAUCGGUGCUAUCGCCCAAUGGCGUCUCAAGGACCAGGUCUUGUCGGCUGGCCUCAGCUGGUUCAGACAUGCUCCCCGAUGGUCCUUUGGCAGCAACAACGUGCAGCUCAAGACGGAGCUACGACUGCUCUCGGACGUCAUGACCGCGCUCAGCGCUGUGUCUUUCAUUGGCGCGCAUCAAGUUGGCAAUAUCAAGUCGUUGCAAGCCAAGGAGCAGCUGCUUCAGCUCCUCCUCGAGAACGAGAUCUCGAGGCUCACGGUAUGGAUGUCGCCGCUGAACGAGCCACCGAGACUUCAGCAAUCUGCGGCUCACACUGGCAAGGGUGCUAUUGAGAAUGCGCUUUGCCCUCUUGUACGGACUGCAUGGGCCGAGCACCCGUCGAUUGCCAUCGAGCUAGCUACUCGAUUCCAGCAUCCCCGUGUCCAUAAAGAGGUCCGAUGGCUGCUGCUCAACUUCCCGUCCAAGGCGAUCUCGGAUCCAGAGGCACUGCCCAUUCUCCUUGGCCAGUCUCUUCCUGGCGAUGUGAGCUUCCAGCUCAAGUACCUGCUGUUCUGGGCUCCCGUCAACCCUGUUACUGCUGUGACCUACUUCUUGCCCGCCUACCAGGACCAUCCCUUCCUAGUACAGUAUGCCAUGAGGGCUCUUGAGAGCCACUCGGUCGAUGUGACCUUCUUUUACGUGCCCCAGAUGGUCCAGACCUUGCGCUAUGACGCCCUUGGUUAUGUGGAACGAUACAUACUGGAGACAGCACAGUUCUCGCAGCUUUUUGCUCACCAGAUCAUCUGGAACAUGAAGGCGAACGCGUACAAGGACAACGAUGCUACUAUUCCUGACCCCAUCAAGCCUACACUUGACAAGGUCAUGACGAGCAUGAUUGAGUCUUUCUCAGAGGUAGACCGAGAGUUCUACCACCGCGAGUUCUCCUUCUUUGACGAGGUCACUGGCAUCUCGGGCAAGCUCAAGCCCUACAUCAAAAAGUCCAAGCCCGAAAAGAAGCAGAAGAUCGAGGAGGAGCUCCGCAAGAUCAAGGUCGAGGUCGGAGUCUACCUGCCCAGCAACCCCGACGGCGUGGUCAUCGGCAUCGACCGCAAGUCGGGCAAGCCGCUGCAGAGCCACGCAAAGGCGCCGUACAUGGCGACCUUCCGCAUCCAGAAGAACAAGGGCGGCGUCGAGGAGACGGACGAGAUGCUCGAGGAGACGAGCCGGCAGAACGGCGCCGUGGUGCCCGUGGACAACACGUACGAGACGUGGCAGUCGGCCAUCUUCAAGGUGGGCGACGACGUGCGGCAGGACGUGCUGGCGCUGCAGAUGAUCGCGGCCUUCCGGGGCAUCUUCCACAGCGUCGGGCUCGACGUCUUUGUCUACCCGAACCGCGUCACGGCGACGGCGCCCGGGUGCGGCGUCAUCGACGUGCUGCCCAACUCGAUCUCGCGCGACAUGCUCGGCCGCGAGGCCGUCAACGGCCUGUACGACUACUUCAUCUCCAAGUACGGCAACGAGGACUCGCUGCGCUUCCAGCGCGCCCGCGCCAACUUUGUCAAGAGCAUGGCCGCCUACUCGGUCAUCUCGUUCCUGCUGCAGUUCAAGGACCGGCACAACGGCAACAUCAUGAUCGACGACGCGGGCCACAUCCUGCACAUCGACUUCGGGUUCUGCUUCGACAUCGCGCCCGGCGGCGUGCGCUUCGAGCGCGCGCCCUUCAAGCUGACGGGGGAGAUGAUGGCCGUCAUGGGCGGCAGCACGGAGCACCAGAGCUUCAAGUGGUUCGAGGAGCUGUGCGUCAAGGCCUUCCUCGCGUCGCGCCCCCACACGGACAAGCUGUCGCAGCUGGUGGCGCUCAUGAUGGACAGCGGCCUGCCCUGCUUCAAGCCCGAGAGCGUCAGGCACUUCCGCGAGCGGUUCGUCGUCGAGAGGAGCGAGCGCGAGGCGGCCGAGUUCAUGAAGGACCUGAUCAAGAAGAGCUACUCGAGCUACUCGACGGGCUUCUACGACCAGUUCCAGCUCAUGACGAAUGGGAUUCCGUAUUAG